AUGUGCAAUUCCAAAGGAUGUCCUGAUAUGAAUUUGAAAGUAAUUGAAUGUACGUCAUGGACAGAAAAACUGUCUUCUUCAAAUCGAAAGGUGCUGCUUGAUGUUGUAAAUGAAAUAGGAUAUGAAAAUAUACGGUCUGACUCAAAACUCUUGGUCUUGUCGAGUGAUGGUGCAAAACGUUGUGGACCUUUCUGUGUUGUGUACAAUGCUGUGCAACAGAUAUCUCUUGAUAGAGAAGUGGAUAUUUUCGUAAUUACACGUCUACUCCAAUUAAGAAGGCCAGAAUUUAUUUCCACAUGGGAAGAAUACGAAUUCUGCAAUGAUGUUUUGGCCGACUUUAUACAGAAUGGAUUAGUUUAUGCAAACUCUAGAUAUCGAUCUAUAAGGAAUACUCUCAUAUCAUUUAUUCGGUGAUCUGUAAUCAAAGCAAUCUUAUUUACCUUUGUGAACAAUAACGAAAAUUCUACAAGUCUACUUUAAAGUAAAGCUUUUUUUC